AGAAGGAGCCCAACCAGACAGUUCAGAACAAAGACAUGGCUGUGUCUAAGGAUGAUUUGAAAGAUUUCAAGGUCUCUGAGGAACCUACAGAUCCCCAAGAGGACAGCUCUCCAGUUCCUGGAGAUCAGGGUCCAGAGGAGGUGCUGUGCGAUUCCUGCAUAGAAAGCCCCUCCAAGGCCAUUAAGUCCUGUCUCACUUGUCAGGUGUCAUACUGUGAGGCUCACCUUCGACCACACCUGGAAAACAGUAAGUUUCAGACCCACCGGCUGGUGGAGCCCCUGCAGGAUAUGGAGGUGCGCAUAUGUGACCACCACAGACUUCCCCUGGGGCUCUUCUGUUUGACGGACAGUCGUUGUGUCUGCCUGGGCUGCCAGGAGGAGGACCACCGAGGACACCCCACUGUAACUGCAGGAAAUGCACGAAAACAGAUAGAGGAAGAGCUACAGCGGAAACACAGAGAAAUGGUUAAGACAAUGUCAUCAGCAGAGCAUGCUAUCAGCAAGUUGCAGAGCAACACAGCUUCCAUUGAGGCCUCCGUGGUUGACGUACGUGCUGUGAUCGAAAAACAAUUCUCAGAGCUGCAGGCAGCCAUGGAGAAUGCCCGUAAGGAGGCGUUGGAUGUCCUGGAAGUGGAGCACAGACAGGCUCUGAGCCAAGCAGAGGGAAUUCGGGCCCACCUGGAACGGAAGAUCACCGAACUGAAGAAAAUCCUGACGCAAGUGGAGAGGUUGUCUGUGACCAAAAAUGACAUGGACUUCAUACAGGAAUACUCAGAGUGGAAGAAGGCUCCAGUGGAUGUCGGUUUGCCAGGUGUGUACAUUAGCCUCAUUGACCAUCUCUCCACCUUCAGCCGCUUUGUCACAGAAUCAGCCCAGGAACUGUGUGACCAACUUUUCUCAAAAUACAACAUUCAACUCAAAGAGCUCUAUGAAACAGAGAAACUGAGCAUUAAAAUGAUGGUUCAUUCCAAAGCUGCAACAAACCACCACGUGAUUGAACCUGAACCUGAGACAAGAGAAGAUUUCCUUAAGUAUGCCAGCAUUCUGAGCUUCAAUCCAGACUCAACGCACAAGUUUCUGAGACUCACUGACAACAAUAAGAAGGUGACCAACACCACUCCCUGGCAGCAUAGCUAUCCAGACACAGCUGAGCGAUUUGAGUACUGGCGUCAGGUGUUAGCCUUAGAGAGUCUCUACCUGGGUCGGCAUUACUUUGAGGUAGACCUGAGUGGCGAUGGAGCUUAUGUGGGACUCACCUACAAGAGCAUUGACCGCAAGGGUGAUAAGAGCAGCAGCUGCAUCACAGGCAACAGUUUCUCCUGGUGUUUGGGAAGAGAGGGUCGCGGUCUCUCCACAUGGCAUGCUGACGUGGAAAUCCCUCUUGAAGUGGGAGAGUUUACCAGGAUUGGAGUCUAUGUGGACUAUGAGAAGGGUGUGUUAACCUUCUAUGGUGUAGCUACACCCAUGGUUCUACUCUAUCAGUAUACCACUAAUUUUCUAGAACCACUUUACCCUGCAUUCUGGCUGUCCAAGAAGGACAAUGUGGUUGCUUUAGUAAUCCCUGGAGAUGACUGACAUGUC